GGCUGGGAACAGGAUGCUGUCAGGCCGAAUAGACGCAUCAACUUAACGGAGAGAAACCGCAGCAGCAUCCUUUGUUUUCUGGAGCUGAAUAUCCAGCUGUAGCACCUGCUGAUAACCUGCAGCACCUGGAGGAGAAAGGGGAGGCGCCUAGUUCCGACAGCCAAUAACAGAAGCAGGGAACAUACAAGUAGCAAGCAGGCUCCAUCAGGACCAUUGUGCUCGCCAACAGGACAGCUCCAAACUGUGUGCUGAGCUGAGGGGAGAACUGAAGCAAGCGUGGAGAGGCGGCGGGGCUUUCCUUUCCCACCAUACUCUUCUUUUCCUUUUGCUGUGUGAGCACUCAUCCACACCACUGAACUGAAACACUCUCAUCCCUCUUUAUCCACCUUCUCAUUCUGUCACUGCACGUGUUCUCUCUCUAUCCAUCCAACUUCCAAUCUAUUUUGAUGAUCAGCAGACGUCUCAGUAAAACACCAGUGAAAUCAGUUGUUCAGGUUGAAGAGCUGCAGACAGAGAUCAUCCUACUCUGGCAAUGCAGUAGUAUAUUUGAGUACAGAGGUUCAUCAGCCCCCCAGCCCAGAGUCUGGCUUAGUACCACAGGGUCCCACAGAUGAUGAGGAGGGCCAGGGGGUUCAUCUCUUUCUAGACUUUCUCUUCUCCACCUUGUGUCUUCAUGUUUUGGGGGUCCUCCGGUACCCCCGCCCUCUGUCGACCCCCCCGCACCCGCUGCCACCACGGCCGGCCACCCCAGUCGCCUUGUUGCCAUGCCGACAGAGACUCUGGCUCCAGCCCUGCCAGAUAGCAAGGCCGCUGGCCCCGCAACGGCCUUCGGCUCCGCCGUACCCCUCCGCAUCCUCAAUAAGGGCCCUGACUACUUCAGGAGACAGGUGGAACCUAACCCAAAGCGCCUCAGUGCCGUUGAAAGACUAGAAGCUGACAAGGCCAAGUAUGUUAAAAGCCAGGAAGUUAUCAACGCCAAGCAGGAGCCAAUCAAACCACCUGUACUGGCUAAGCCUCCCGUUGGUCACACCCUCCUUUCCAAAAGAGGCUCUGGGAUCGGUGGAGGAGGAAAUGGAGGGGGGAUACCUUUCAAAGCAUCCAAUAACAAUGCCAAGUCGGACACAUGUGCAACAAGCAGCAGCAGCAGCAAACGGGAGAAUUUAAACCUGGAGAUCCUUAAAAAUCUGCUAAACUCUUCGUCCUCUUCAGGAGCAGGAUCUGAAGGACUAGGAGGUGGCGCUAAGAGUGCUGUGUUGAUGAGGUCAUCAGGGGGAAUGGCUAGGAGCUGGACACCAUCAGGGAUGCCAUUGACCUACCGAUCUACAAUGACACUUAAUGAGCAACCACCAGACUCAGCUCCUAGUCCGAGCACCUCACACUCCCUCAGAUCCUUCUCCCAUUCCCUGAAGGUCCCCCCCAUCAACAGUGGAGGACGUCGCAGUCCACAACAGGGAGCAAACCUCAACCUAAGCAGACGAGGUGAAGGAGUUAUAGAUCGUUCUCGCUCCCCAUUACCGCCUCUUCUCACCUCCCACUCCUCCUCUGACCUCCUGCGCCUGUGCAAUGGCAAACCACUUCGCACAGCCCGAUCCAGCAGCUCCUCAGCUCCACCCCUCCCUCCAAAACCCAACCCCGCCUCGCUCCCUCCUCCUGCGCUUUCCUUGUCACUGCCUCCCCCUCGCCCAACUCCAUCCCCUUCGCUCUGUGACAAUACCACCCCUCAGUCGUUACCUUGUGAUUUUGGAGACCCUUCCAAUACUUCAACUGAAGCCAACGUGGAGCUUGAGCUUGGUUCAUCUGUGGCCCGUCGCUCCUCGCUGCACAGAUCUAAAUCAGAUCUGUCAGACCGGUAUGCUCGGGCUGGUGCUGAUGUGGAACGCUUUUUUAACUACUGCGGCCUCGACCCAGAGGAGUUGGAGGCAGUUGGUCCAGAGAACUUUGCGCGGGCCAACUCAGACAUCGUCAGUCUGAACUUCCGAUCAGCUUCUAUGAUCUCGUCCGACUGCGACCGAUCGCGGAGAUCCUCCAAUGAUGGGCUGUCAGACGGGGACGAGGACGAGGAGGAGGAGGCUGGGGAGCGUGUUCCAUAUGGCAUCUCGGCUGUAGAGCGAAAUGCAAGAGUCAUUAAGUGGCUGUACAGCAUCAAACAGGCAAGAGAGACGCAAAAAGUCUCACAUGUUUAAGACGAUCCUCUCAGUAGAUUGGAUAUACUGUAAACUACAGACAAACUGCCCCAUGUUUCAGAAUUCAUAGAUGGACCAGAAUUCACACAGGUGUAGAGACUGGGAUCUUGGGGUUGAACAAAAAAAAAAAGUCAAAAUGUUAAGAUGGAUGAAUGAGUAGCUGGAAGAGAAAGCAAGACAGGUCUAACAAACUUGGUAAAAAAAACACAGACAGCAAUUUGUUUAGAAAUUAAUGAAGACAUGAGAAGAAUGACCCUAAAUCACUUAGAUUUAGAACAAAGUGAACACUAAGUACAGAAAGAAAUAAACUUGGACAGUCACAUGAACAAAAUGUUCAGGCUGGAGAGACAAACAAACAUGGGACAUGUCUGAAAACUGACUAGUUUAACUGUUUCUCAAUGGACACUGUAUAAUCUGACUGUCAAUUUGCUUGAGCAUCAAGAGCGAAAUGCACUGCAACUGUCCAAGGACCCAUAAAGUGACCACCUCCAUACAAAGGGUAAUAGGCCUUUCUCACAGAGAACAUUUUGGCUUGAUUAAUCAAAGCAUUGUAAAUGGGAUUAUCUUCCUACAUAGUUUGCUAACUACCUAGCGUUCUAUCUGUUUAAUCCACACUGACUCCGACCUUUGUUCUGCCAUCUCUGUCCUUGGUGGUGCCCACAAGGAGGGAAAUGUGGGCAUGGCCAACUUGGUAUAAUUGCUGGCCCCCCAAUCAGCCCUGCCUGGCAAAACUAAAUAUUGUGUUUAUUGGGGUGUUUAUUUUAUAAGCUAGCACAAUGUUUCUUGUGAACCUAGACAACCAAAGUUAUCCACUGGUACCAACCAUGUCAGCAUAGCUUGUCGGGAAGGGAUAAAAAUUAUGCUACAAAGUUAGGGCCUGUGUCGACAUAGCUUUUUUUUUUGCCUAGAGAAGAGCAGUGCACCCAGCAUGCUUUUUUGUGCCCCGGCUCUCAGCGCUUCUCGUUGAAAAUCUCUGAACUUUUUAGAAAGGCGCUGGUGUCAUCACUGCCACUCUAGCCCCUGAAUGAUAUGUCAGUCAAAAACUGUAAUGACAGAAAGGUCCAUUUGUGGGAGCAGAUCAGCCAGACACUGAAUGUUGCUGCUGAGUGUUGUGCUUUUAUCCCCAUACCUGUUGUAAGCUUGUUAUUAACUGUGUGUUUAACCCUCUGUUAAUGUAGCAUUUCUUUAGCUACCUAGCUAACGUUAAUGUCAAGAUAUUGUUGUCAUAGAAACAUACCCACGUGUAGCAUGUUUGUGUAGCACUCUGCCUCCGCUUUUCUGCUGAAGAAAAAUGCUAUGUGGGCACACACCUUUAGGCUAAAUUUUGGUGAGGGAACAACUGACAUGGCCAUUUUCAGAGAGGUCUUUUGGACUCUCACCCCAAGAUAUAAAAAUGAAAAUGGGUGCUAUGGGUUCCCACGAGUCUAUACCUAAAUAUGAGAGGGCUUGUUCUCAGUAAAUGUUUUGUUCCUUACAAUCAAUGCACUCCUUUUAAUUAAAGUUGUAUAUUUGUCUUUCUAAAAGUGCAACAUUUAAAGAACAGUGAAUGGCCUAACAUGUAUAGAUACAUAACACAUUAAAAUUACUGUGGGACUCUGCUUUUCUGUCCACAAAAGCAGAUGUCCUGGCAGCAGCUCCUGAAGAGCUGAGAGGAAACCAGCUAUGCAAACUGUCUUCACCAGGCAGACUCGCAGUGAAAAUUUACUCACAUCACACUUGGUCUUGGAGUUAGUGUGGAUUUAUACAUGUGAUAAACUGAAUGUCUGUACGUUUCUGCAAUGAGGGAGUAACAGAAGCUUUUAAAACACUAACUAUGUGGAUUGAUCGGCUUAACACUUUGAUCAGUGUUGGGGCUGUUACUGUCAACAAAUCAGGCUCAAAUGAUUAAGAAUAAUCUGAGUUUUCAUGAUUUUGUUUAUAUGCAGUGCCUCCACUUCCUCACUGAGUGACAAACUAACAGGUGACCUCAGAUGAGUUGUGGUAAUGCUACUGUAAGGCAGUCAGCAAAGAGCUUUUAUCCACAACUUUCACAUCUAUGGAGUCAAACCCAACAUUCUUAACAUUACUUCUCAGAAGGUUUGGUGUCAUGAUUAUCUGUUCAGCAUAGUUCACUAGUUACCUCCAUUUCGCAUUAGGAAGGAAAACAACAAUAGUUUAGUUUACUGAUGGAUCAGCAGUUAAUGAAUGCUGGAGUAAAAGUCAGAGCCUGUUGUAGUGAUAGACUGCGAAUUUUGAAUUAAUUACAGGUCAGUACAUUUUAACAAUGCUUGAAAAAGUGACAACCCUAACCAACUUCAGCAACUGGUACCAGAGCUUCUUUGCAAACUGAAACUUGUUGCUUCUGGUUGGUCAGGGGCACCAUUAACAUUAUUAGCUCCACCUGUGCUUUUCCUGCAAUAACAAGUCAAAUGUCCACUCUGAGAAAGGCCUGUGUCACAGUGUUGAUGUCUCUGUUUAAACAAGUUUCGAAAAAGGUCCUGACAUCUUUGCAAAACAGAUACUGAACUCUAUCUGUCAAAAAUUAGAAAUCACUUUGGAAAGUCAGUGAUGCUGGUAUACUGUGUGACCAUAAUUAAUCAGCUCAGUUAACUUGAGAGUCAUGAAACACAAAUGCUUGUAAGCUAGCUCUGACUAAGCUAUAGCUCUUGUUAAGCUGGAUAUUGUGAUUGCUAUAAAUGAAGGCCUGGGCAUGUGCGAUGACUGAGUGACAAAGGAGACAGAGGACACUGACACUGAGGGAUUUGGACGGAUACAUACACAAUAUAAAAUAUAGUCUCUUACGCAUACUUACCCAUACACCAUCAUAUCAUUAUGCUGAUAAAUUAUUAACACAUUUGUCUUUAACAUAUUCAUGUCAACUGACAAAACAUUUCACUGGAGAGUUUUAGUGUCCUGUGACUGGAUAUGGUUAUUCCACACUAACGAGAACCAUGCCAUUUUUAACUAAAAGAAUGAACGUGUUUUUUGGUAUGAAAAAAGUUAGAUUUGGCCUAAGGCAUAAUAGAUCACUAGUGGCACUAUCUUAGGGCUGGCACAGAUGCCACGUCUUUUACAGCCUAGAAAAUGCAAGGUUGGGUGCUGGGUACUACUGUUGUCCCUACUCCGUGCCAACUUUCAAGGCUGCAGUGGUAGGGUGCACCUGAAUUUAAGCUACCAUAACCAGCACCUAAUCAUAGCCUACUUGCUAGAAAUUGUGAGUUCGGAGCUGAUCUUUUUCUAGAUCUUGUAUUUUAAGUGUGUAUUAGACCUAAUAUAUCCGUUUGACAGAUGGAAUGUUCUGGGUAGCCCUGCACUAAAAUGAUCAACUUCUUUUACAUAUUUACUACAGAUUGAUAUUUACGGAAGAAAGAAAAGAUAUCUGCCAGCUGUGAUUUGAUGUUCUUCGUUAUGAAAUGGAGUGCCCAUUGCUGCAUUCCAAAAGCUGAACUUUGUUUAUCUCAGGGUGCAACCAUUACAUCCCAAAAAAUAGUUGUUUGGGAACACUUGCACGCCACAACAGUCAUGCUCUUGCUUUUGAGAGCGCCUUCUGUAUGACUUUAUUGACAACAAUGGAUUUUAGGGUGCAAAACUAUGGCAUAUGUGCAGGCCCUUUGAGUGCCUUUACCCCUUUUGGUUCAGUUUCAAUGAACUGUGGUGCGUUUGCUCAUUUACCUUGGUAUGUUCAGGCUUGUGUGCACGUUAUCAUUCAAACUUGGACAAACUGCAGACCAAAGAAGUGUACCAAGACUGCUUAGGGGGUUUGGUAAACUUCCAACAAAACACAAACCAGACUAACAGCAGGGUUUUGUGAUAGCUGAUAUGCGUUUUUUUUUAGCAUGGAUUCAAAAGAAGAAACUACUCUUACAUUUAUACAUCCAAUUUUAGAUUUAAAAAACAAGGAGCACAUUAAUGUAUCCAAGGUCCUAUGUUUCCCAGUUCAGUAUUCUGUUAACACAAGCUCCUCCUGUUGUGUUCAUGCCACUUUCGUGUCACUGUCUAUCCCUGAAACAGCUUUGGUUUACCUUGCAUAUUAAUACAUAAGACAUAUCAGAGAAAGAGCUGUAAAUAGAUUCAAAUGUAAAAUUAUAACCAAUAAGUAAUUUUGCAUGUGCAGGUUUCAGAACCCCUUUCCAGGUUUUCUUUUCCUAUCCCUAACCCAUUUGAAAAUGGGGAUUUAAUCUGGCCUUAAAACUUUUUUCUGACCCUUACUUAAUUGGUUAGUUGUUAUUUUUUCAAUUAAUUUAUUCUUACAAUAGUUUUUAAUUUCUUGGGCCGCAAUUAAUUUUGGAAGACAUGUGCCAGUACAAUUUUACCAUUCUCUGAGUCAAAAUUUUAGUCCCCUAUCCUAACCCAUGUCACGUUAAGUGAAUACAGAACUAGGGAACAUCUUUCUCAGGUUCCCAUUAUGUGCUGUACAGAGCUGGGAAACAUAGGACCCUUGGAACAUAGGAAAUGACCCCCCAAAAUUGAAAUUUAUAUAUCUUUAUGACUUUUUAACAAGUCCAGAUAAUGAUAGCUGUCUACCAGGUGAGAUGUCUGUCACUUUACAUAUUCAAAAGAGAAGACCUAUCAUGCUGUUAAGUUUGAUGUCCACUGGGAAAGUGGAAGCUAGCUGGCCAGUUUUGCUAACUUUAGUGCCUCCCACAGUGCAUUAGCUUUUCUUAAGGUUAAGCAAUUGUACUCAUGUUUCAUAGUUGUAAAAUGAAAGAGUGUUAUUAAAUCUCAAGGGUCACAAUUUUAAUUGUAAAGUGUAAGAUCCUAAAUUUCUCCACUUAUAAAGACAGCUGGUUUAUUCAGCAAUAAAUAAUAAACAUUAAUUACAGGUAGAAGAGUUUGCCAAACUACUAAAGGCCACUCUCAGCUGCUGAUCAGUGUGCUGGUGUCUGUAUUUUGUUCGUAAGCCGGAAUGUUAGAUGGGUUCCUUAAUGAAGAGGCAUUACCCUUUCUAACUUCCGUGUUUGAUGGAAUGAUCGAAUGUCUUUAGUCUCUUAAAAAAAAGACAGCACUCCAUCAGGGUGGGAGUGUUUCUACAGAAAUGAUGUAGGUCUUCGGUCCUCAAAGUUUGGAUGACUGAGUGCCAAUUUAAGAAGCCAGCAUAUAAUUGAGGACCGUACAGGUUCUGGACAUAAGAUGUCGACCAUGUUGACCUAACAGUUUCGCACAAACUCUCCGCUGAACUGCUAACCACACUGAGCAGUUUUGUGAGCUAUUAACACAGUUUGCUUGUCUUACACCUUCGCUACUUUGCAUAUGAUUAGUGAGCACUUACUGUUGGGCAAAUAAGUCUUGUUGAAAACAUUUGAUUUUAACAGUUGUGCUCUUCAUCCAUGAAGUUGUAGGAUUUGUGAUUGGGCUCACAAUGCCGUUUAACAUUAACUUCCUUGAGCAACAAAUUUAUGUCUGUCUCCUGAGGUCCAAUGAAGUAAGAGUUAAUGUUAAUCUAUUUUUCCUGGAACCUCCUUUUCUCCUCAACCAUACAACAUUUUCUGUGGUGGCAUUUAUAUCUCACUUCCACAUUAAAUUGUCAUGUUAUCCACUGAAAUCACUAAUUUUAGUUAGCAGCACUAGCAUUGAUGACCAAAUGUAAUUUUUGCCACACUAGCAAGGCACCACUAGUUGCCAACCAGCCAGUAGCUUUCUGCAAGUUUUCAUUCCUAACCUGACAGACACUUGAUAGAGAGGCGCAGUUUGACACAGUUGUCAUAUAUUAAAUGCGACAUUGACAGUUGAAGUAUUGAAAUGGACUGCGGACAAUUAUAUGGUGCAUGCAUUUUAUUUCACUUUCGGGGACCACACCACACAGAAUGUUUCUGAGGGCCAUCGUUGGCCCAUGACAGCAUUUUGAGCAACUAUAAUCUGGAUGAUUGCAUAAUAUAAUUUUCGGACAUUCGUGAAGUUGUCAAAGUAAUGCCUAUCAUCGAUUUAAUACAAAAAUCAGGUUAGUUAAAGUGCACCAUGACCUGGUCCCACUCCAAAUCUUACUUUCUUCUGUGUUGUUCUGUGUUUUGCGCUAAUGAUGCAGGAUGACAUCACCAAAACUGUCCAAUGAAUGAGCUACCAUUUUGUCCAUACGACUUAUAUUUACACCUCUUAAGGCAGAUUUAUACUUGUGUGUCAGCUCUGUGCGCUGUAGCCUACACAUGUAGCCUAAGCACGUGGUCUACGCUGUUGUGAGCAGUUAUACUUGUGUGGCGCCUGUGUUACUCUGCAGUUACCACUCUAUAACACUAGUCAGUGGUGGGGUGUCUGUGAAGUGCUGUAAAAUUUAGCUGAUUCAAAACACACCUAAAACACACAUGAAACAUGGCUUAAUAGCGACAAUAACAGACACAAGUACACAAAUUGGCUUCAUUAUAACAGGAUUCACAGACAAAACAUUUGUCUUUGUUGGACACAACAUGCAAACCUUAUUAGCACAAACCUAUGGCAUUUUUCAUGGUAUGAAUUAGCCUAGCAACAAGCGGAGAUAUCCCCAACUCAUGAAGCCAAGAUAAAUCACACACAAGACCUAAAAUGCUAUUUUGUUGGGGGUUUGUUGUCCUCACAAUUUAGUUUCUCUUAUCUGUGAAAUUAAAGUGAACAAAAGCUUAAUUUGCACUGAAAUGGUUUCAGCUUACAUAAGUAGACUGGAGGCCUGCGUCGCUGCUACUUGUAGAUACACUUUUGGGGUGGUGCACAUCAGGCUACGACAUAGGUUACUGCAUAGGCUAUGCUGUAGGUACAGCAUUGAUUCAAUGAAGAAGUAUAAUUCCCAUUUUAGUUUAUAUUUAAUAUGUCAGUGAGAACAUGAAGUAGACCACAGCUAUGCAUUUUUUUUUUAUCUUGGCUGAGAAGCAAAUAAACCAAGCCAAAAUAAAAAGACAUUUACAAGUGCAGUCAUUUCUUCAUUUGUGAAAUGUCUUAUAUACAUCCACACAAAUGUGUGGGAGUUCAAAAGUUAAAGAAGCACAAAAUCCCUGAUUGUGUUCCAUGAGUCACGAGAACAAUGCCUCAAGCGUUUCCCAGCUGUGAUAUUACAGGACACCAAAACUCUCCUUUCAAAGCAGUGUUGGUAAAUAUCUGUGAUUAUGUAGACCACCAGGCACUAUAAACCUACACUGAAAGCAAUACUAAUCAAACUGUCUGUUCACUAUUACAGGACAUGUUACACUACAAUACUAGCAUAGGAGGGUGGAAGGUAGAUUGUGGUCAUUUUACAUGUCAGCAUUUUCUCCAAAUGACACUUCAGAUUUUGGGUGUUUAUAGUUGCUUGUGCUGUAGAUCCUAGACCACACACAGAGAAGGAACUCCAGCAGUGCUUCUGCAUUAUGUCAAAGAACACUUUUGACUACGUUCAUGAUGAGCACCUUGUCAAUGCCCUCAGCUUUGCUUUGUCUCCCUCCAAUUGUCUUUCUGUCCGUUUGUCUGUCUGUCUAUCUCAAAGCCAGCCACAGGAAGAAACCUGUUGCUUUACUAUUGUGUGUUCCCUUAUAAUGAAGGGGGAUGGAUUACCAAGCACACCUCCACCCUGACCCUCGUCAUCUGUGUACAUGUCUGCAUGUCGCUGACAUGUCUCAAGGCCUGAAGCCAUAUUGGUGUGAAUGCAGCGCCUCAGUCAGUGUCUGCCAACUCUCAGUGAGUCUGUCUUCCCCAAAACCUACCUUCACCUCACCUUAAAUCUGUGCUGCAGCUCUGCUUCAGUGUGUCAACAGCAACAGCUCUGCUGGGCUUACUUCACUUCCCUGCAUAAUGCUGUGUCAGAAAAAAGACACAGCUUACACAGUGAUACUGGCCGUAUGUAUUUGAUGCUUUUGAGUGUAUAUGGUGACAAAAAAAACGGUCCACAGUCCUUAUGGGUAUGGUUAGACUUGCUGCCCCAUUUACACUUAGUCACUUCAUGUAUUUUAGUGGGUCAGAAUCAAACACUAAGUGCCAUAAAGAGUACAGAGAUGCAUACAUAAUCUUAUCUGUGGCCAAGAUAGGGGUCAUUUUGAUUCAUAUAUUCAUCUUACCGAGCUGACCGCUUGCUGGUCCUUCACCGUCCAUUUAUUGUGCAGUCUCAUCACCUCUGUCUAAUUAACUGACAAUGAUGUGCCUGGGCACACGCAUGCAUUUGAACCCUGCUCAAAUGGAGCUUACACACGUGUGCACACAAGAGGUGCGCUACUUAUAGGAGGAAGUGAGACUUGGAUUGUACUGUGCAAGUUGUGUAAGUGUAAACAGAUGUUUUGAUACAGCUUCGCUGUUGCUAAACACUGCCCCCAAUCACUUUAAUUCAUGAAGAAUGUUUUUUCCAUUCUUUGUUCAUUGUGGAGGCAUGCGAGAAAAACAAAGUUUUCUUCACAAAUUCAAGGUAACACUUGGUGAGUAGUUGAUAUAUAAAUGGUCAUUUUAUGCGUGGACUAUUCCUUUAAGAGUAACCUUGAAAAAAUCCAAACCUGUCCUUUAAAAACUGCACACAUUCUAAUGAAAUCCAUGUUCAGUCAUAAUUACACUACUGACAGACCUGCUAACAAUAGAGUAAAUAUGACAUGUUUUAGCAACACAGCUUUGUAGUAAUUGUAGGAGGUUUUAGGUUUUGAUGCACCCCUUCUUCCUAAAUAAGACUACAGCGGAAGUGAAGUGACCCCAGCUGGGAGAAAGACCCUCUCCCUGUCAUCUCGCUCUGAGCUCAGGGUUGUGCUAGCAUGUUCCUGUCCGGUACCCAGACCUGUCAUUACCAUGUGUCUCCCCGUGUCCCUCUGGAACCCAGGAAACCCCGCCGCUUCUCACUGUCAGCAUUAAUAAAGACAAUAUUGUACUGUUCUGGCAGCAUCAUCAUGCUUCAAUUUCACUUGUGUCUACAUGGUGUGUGGUUUUUUUUUUGUUUGUUUUUUACCUUUGGAUUGACAGAUAGAGUUCUUCUGUGGUACUUGCUUUGUUUUAUUUUUUUCUUCUAUGUGUAAAUGCUGUAAGAACAAAUGUAUAUAUUUGAUUUAAAAAGCCAUGUGCUGGAUUUUAGUUUUCUCUGUUUGAAGGUUUAUGUGUUACAAAAGAUUCCAAACAAAAAACUGCUGUUUUGCUCUUUGCCCUUGGUACAGAACUGCCUGAUCACACCAGGCAGGGGUGUUUCAGAGGCGUUGUGUUGACUGUGUUUUUCGACGUGGAAACUGUUACAUUUUGCUUGAUUGAAAAAAAAAAGUGUUCAUGUUUAGUUUCUUUUGAUUCUUUCAAUAAAUGGCUUCUUUUGCCAUCUCUC